AGCUGACACAGUGUUUCUGGCGCACUGGCGCACAAACAGUGGUUUAGCAAGGUCAUAAACCUUUCGUGUGUCUCUGCGUAGUUCCAUAAAAAAAUGAAACAAUACAGCGAACGUGGAAGCCACGUUUAUAGUUCUGUCUGAUCGUAGUAAAUGUAAAUGGGAGCAAAUCGCAGCGCUAUCGGCGACAUGUAAACGCCCAUCAUGUGUCAUGGCUGCGUUUAACGAUCUGAGAGCGAUUGGUUUAAUAGAGAAAGACACUAGCAAUGACGUUCUUUGGACAUGGUCCUACCCUUCCUUCAGCGCAGAUGACCGUUCAUUAUUAUUACUCAAAUGUGAUUUGGAGAAUGACAGCAUUACCAGCGAACAGCCUGUAUGGUUCCGAUACUGUCACCAUCACGGUGAAUGGUUUUACAUGCACCAGACUGAAGUGUUCGACAGUGAUAAUUUAAGUCGGGUACGUCUGUUUGUACUCAUCUUGCGUACGAAAGACCUGAACCCUGAGAAGUACGAGACAUUAGCGAGAAUACUGAGUAAAGUAUACUGCAAGAUGGGCGAUCCAACGGCACUUCUGCGGCUUUUUCUUUCGGUCUCUAUCAAAGGGUCCUGUACGACGGAAGAAAACGGAACCUUUCUACUGAAAGAUUUUGAACGCAAACGAGACGUCGUCCAAGUGCACAUCAAAGAAAUAAUCCGGAUGUUUGGCCUGGAAACUAUCCUCAUCUACACAGCAUUGAUACUAAAGAAACGUGUGAUGGUGUACCAUCAUAAGCUAAGCUUACUUCUCAAAUAUAUCAGGGUGUUUCCGGCAUUGACGCAGCACAGGACAGGGUGCGAACACUUUUUCCCGUUCAUGGAACUGAACCAGGGAGAACUGGCGGAACUGUCCGGGAGGAGCCACUACCUGGUGGGCUUCCGAGACGCUGCAGCCGAGGGGCGGCUCGACCUCUACGACUUGUUUGUUAAUUUGGCUGCCAUCGAAAUUACCGUGGCUCCGCACUGCAAAGAUUCGUUUCAGAUGAGCAAAACCCACAAGGAAAUUGCCAUGUUUAUGGUGAGGCAGGCAGACAAUGAAAACGUGUCUGACCAGGAUCUGAUCCGUGACAUAGCAACAAAAACGCAGGAGCUGCUGUCGAACCUCAAACGUGCCACGUCCUGCAGUCAAAACGGAAGACAGGUAGUCAGCCUUCAGAAGCUGAAAGAACUCAAGUUUGCCCCUGCCCUGGAGAACUUCUACUGGAACCUGGCAGUGGCAGAAGGGCUUGUAGACGUGUGAUUGGAAUGUCUUUGACCCAGUAGUUGUGGUGUAGACCCAUUGUCUUGUGGUUAAAUGAGAUGUAAUAUAUGAGUGAUUGCUUAAGUUGGUCAAGGCAGGCACUGGCUUUGUCUUUGGAUCUGUACCUGAUUUUAUUAAAGGGUGCAAUGGAAUA